UUCCCGCUCCGUCGCCCAAAUUCCCCACCGCGCACACCACCUCUCUCCUUCUCUCUCUCUCUCUCUCUCUCUCCUCUCAUGUGGCUGCGGCGGGCAAAAUCGACGGUUCGGGUUCGUUCCAAACCUCCUUCAAACUUCUCUUGCAAAUCAUUCAAAGACAUCCAAUACCUCUGCACAGAAGAUUUCACCAAAAACCCACAACAACAACAACAAACCCAAUCACAAUCCUCCAUCAAUUCAUCAUCGAAAUCCUCCAUUUUCCACCGAGUCCGACUUGCCAACUCCACCCUCCGAACCUGGUCAACCUGCCACUCCGAACCCAAUCUCACCCCACCACCCUCAAAAGAACCCCCCUCAUCGAUCUCCAUCCCUGGCGCCGAGAAACGCAUAGUUGUCUACUUCACGAGCCUCCGCGUCGUCCGAUCCACCUUCGAGGACUGCCGGGCCGUCCGAUCGAUCCUCUACGGCUUUCGCGUGUCGAUCGAUGAGCGUGAUCUCUGUAUGGAUUCAAAAUUCAUGGAGGAGCUACAGGCGAUCUUUGGGAAUCACAAGACCAAGAUAAGUCUGCCUAGGGUUUUCAUCGGAGGGAGAUAUGUCGGGGGCGCUGAGGAGAUCAGAGAGCUUCACGAAGCCGGCGAGCUCAAGAAGUUCAUCGAAGGUUUGCCGGCGGCGACUCCCGGAGUCUGCGAAGUCUGCGGCAGCUAUCGAUUUAUCCUCUGCGUCGAGUGCAGCGGAAGCCACAAAUGUUACUCGGAGAAAGAUGGGUUCGCGACUUGUGUGGCGUGCAAUGAGAACGGCCUGAUCAGAUGCCCUUCUUGUUUGUCUCAUUAUUAUUAGUUUUGUGAUUGUUGUUUGUAAUUUUAACAGGAUUGGCAGACAGGGUUAGAUAGGUACAGAUGCACCCAGUGGAGAGCUGCCCAAUAUUUUUUACUCAAUUUGGUUUGUUAAUUUUUUGUCAUGUAAAGUGGUUACGUGUGGGAAUGGAGGGGGCCAAUCACAUGCUUUAUAAGCUGGUAUUGUAUUUGUCAAUUUGUCACGACUGUUGAAUGGAAAUUUACAACUCAUCACAUGGCUUUUUAUCACA